AUGAGCGACAUGACAUCCGAUCAUGAGAAUAAAGAGGAGAUGUUGCGGGAACAACUGAGACAGGCACGACGGGAGCUUGAGGAAGAAAAAAGGGCCAACAUCGCCGCGGAUGCGGCCUUACGGGCACAAGAGGCACAGGAAUCACGGAAAAGGAACGACGAGAUUCUGGGCCAGCUGAGAGACCUCGCUGGAACGCUAGGAGAGCAGCGAGAAAUGCAUCAGGAGUGUCGCAGUAUGGGACAAAAAGUCGGUGAUGAAGAUGGAACAGAGAAGAGCUCCGGGGUGGCCACACUACGAGGUAUGAUGAACGAGCUUCGUGAGGCGCAGACAGCGCAUGAAGGGCACCACAAAGAAAGGGCAGUGAAAGCCGAUGUAGACGCUGUCCUUGCAGAGGCACGAAGGAACAACGCCGAGCAGAGAGCGACCUUCACGUCCCUUUCAGAUGAACUUUUAGAAGAUUCAGCAAGACACCACGAGCAUCUCCGAAGCCUUCUGCUCGCUUCAGCGUCAGCUAGAGAAAGCCUCGCUGACGCUUGACAGCCUUGGAUCAGUAUUAUUUGGGAGGAACGAAUGAUAUGUACCAUCGUUUGUAUCAUGACAGAGUGAAGAACUUCUCGAGGGCAUAUACCGCGUUACCAGCCGCUUUCAUGCAUCGGCUUACCAUGUCGAAUGCCCGGCAAUGAAA